AUGUUUGAGCUAGAGGCUGGGUCGAAGUUCCAGCUAGACGCCUCGGUAUCUGCGACGCAGUGGUCUGUCCACCAGAGCUUGGCGAGUUCUCUCGAUGAGGCUGGUAGUGUUGUUAAGGUCACGCUAACGCUACCGCCGCCUGAGAGAUGCUGUGUUGAGCUUAUUAGCCGCAAGGCAAUUCAAAAAGGGCAAUCGCUGCAUGAUAUUUUGGAGGUCAAAGAUAAUGGGUCCGCUGCACUGAUCACUUCCCGGCUUGUUGUUAUACAGGCAACAAAUGAAAAGUUGCUCGGGGGCGGCUGUGGUGCAGCGAUACUAUGA